UUAAAUAUUUUUCUACAUUUCGCAAUGUCUGUCUUGAUCAUCUUCAAACUGUUCCGUGGCGUUUUUUGAUCGUUACAUCUUUUCUUUUUAGUUAGACAUUUUGUUUAUUACCCACACAAUUUAAUUACCUUUUAUUUUUUUUUCUAAUCGUAAAAUAUUUAGUAUUAUAUUGCGUAUGCUUUCAUUUCCUGUUUUAAAACAUAAUUUUUCAAUAUAAUUGGGAUGUCACACAUUUCAAACUAUUGAAUUUUCAACAUUCAUCUACAAACCGCCAAAAUUACUUCCAAAAUGCAAAGCGUCAGCGCUCCUCGCGAGUCCGCUCCACCGGUCAUCAGCACCAGUUCCACCAUCUUGAACAUGAGGGAAAAAGAGAAGUAUAUAGAGGAAUUCGACUUUCCCUUCUGCGAUGAGUCGUCUAAAUACGAAAAAGUGGCGAAAAUAGGGCAAGGCACAUUCGGAGAGGUGUUCAAAGCGCGAGCUCGUAAUAGUAAUAAAAAAUUCGUCGCCAUGAAGAAAGUAUUAAUGGACAAUGAAAAAGAAGGCUUCCCGAUCACGGCGCUGCGAGAGAUAAAGAUAUUACAGUUGCUCAAACACGAGAACGUGGUCAAUUUAAUAGAAAUAUGCCGGACUAAAGCGACGCUUCAUAAUAAAUAUCGCUCUACCUUCUACCUUGUAUUUGAUUUUUGCGAGCACGACUUAGCCGGCUUGCUGUCGAAUGUAAACGUUAAAUUCAGCUUGGGAGAGAUCAAGAAGGUGAUGCAGCAGUUGUUGAACGGUUUGUACUACAUUCACAGUAAUAAGAUACUGCACAGAGACAUGAAAGCAGCAAAUGUAUUGAUUACGAAGAAUGGUAUAUUAAAAUUGGCAGACUUCGGUCUAGCGAGGGCAUUCAGUGUGGCAAAGUCGGGACAAGCGAACAAAUAUACUAACAGGGUCGUGACGCUGUGGUAUAGGCCUCCGGAGUUAUUGUUAGGUGACCGUAAUUAUGGCCCACCGGUGGACAUGUGGGGCGCCGGCUGUAUCAUGGCUGAGAUGUGGACACGUUCACCUAUUAUGCAGGGUCCGACGGAGCAGCAGCAGCUGAUACUGAUCUCGCAGCUGUGCGGCUCGUGUACGCCCGACGUGUGGCCGGGCGUCGAGAACCUCGAGCUUUACAACAAAAUGGAGCUGCCCAAGGGACAGAAGAGGAAGGUCAAGGAAAGGCUAAAGCACUACGUAAAAGAUCCGUACGGCUGCGAUCUACUGGACAAACUGUUACAGCUGGACCCAGCGAAGAGAUUCGAUGCGGACACAGCUCUAAACCACGACUUCUUCUGGACGGACCCGAUGCCUUGUGAGCUGGCAAACAUGCUGGCCCAACACACACAGAGCAUGUUCGAGUAUUUGGCGCCACCGCGGCGGCCGGGGCACCUCCGGCAUCAUCACCACGUCGCAGGCGCUCAGCCGAAGCCGACCCAGGCUGUGCAGGACUCCGGCUAUCAAGAUAGAGUGUUCUAAAUAUGACUCAUGUGAAUAAAUAGUACAUUACUGCAGCGACCAGCAACUAAGGCAUUGAUGGACAAACGUGCAAAUGUGGGCCGAGGCGUAGCCGAGGCACACAUACGCGAGUCCAUCAAUGCCUAAUUGUGGCCAAGGCUUGUAUAGUACUUUUCUCAAACAAUGCGCGGAAAUCAAAAACACAAUUUUACUUUUUAAGUUCGAUGACGAAUAACAAACAAUAAUAAUUUUUCACGCGCCAUAAUGUUCCUUUGUUUUUUUUUUUCAAUAAACAGCUUUCUAUUUGCAAGCCAGUUCGAAAUUUAAAUAAAACCUUUUAUUAGUUACCUCCUUGGUAGCCAUGUUUCGAAGUAAAAGGUCAUUCUAUUUUUAAAUUACAGGACAGAUAUAAGUUUACAUAGUAAUUUAUCUGGCCGCAAAACGCGACAGAUAUGGAUUUUCAUACAACUCUUGCCGGCCGCUGCCCGCAUGUAUCUGGCCAGUACGGCAAUUUUGAUUUAUCUCGAAGAAGAUUGUCAAAAUAAUGCUCACAUUUCCAAGCAUGUUUGAGAAAAAGUAAAUAAAUGCUACUUGUUAUAUAUUGGGAUUUCAGUAUGUAAGGGAAUGCAUAUUUCCUUAACAAUUGGUAUUUGUGAUAAACUUAAAACAUUAUAUAGUUAUUGUACAGAGUUAAUUUGAAUUAAUCUGAAUACUUUUUAGAGAAUUUUGUAAGGUUGUGUCAGUGUAACUGAACAAUUUUUUUAAAGUGAUUUAAUUAGAACACUACCAGAGGGAGACUUUGUACAAAAGUCGUUUGCUAGAACACCUCUGUCCGAUUCGUGUUUCUACCGUGAAGCAGUUGUGUUUGCAUAGCUGUAUUUCAGUUCAAAGGGUGGGAUAUGGCAGUAAAUUUACAGGGUACAGAGGAAUAACACCUGAGUCCUCGGGAAUGGCAACGCAUGGGGUGUAUCAUGGGCGAAACAGUAUACUCUGUUAUGUCCACGGUACCGCUCAUGUCUAUAGGCGACGUUUACCACUUUCCAUCAGGUGAAGUUUCCAUCAAGAAGAAACGGCAAAAUAUAUCGAGCCUUUAUUGUUUCUAGAUCUUUUGAGAGAAAUCAGUUCAGUUCUGCUGUAACAUUUAUUAGCUAUUUUAAAAUAUGUAAAAUGACUGAAAAUAAUUUGUACAUACGUCUACGAUUUAAUAUUUAGUUCCUAUAGUGAUUGUUAAUUAUAUUAAAUAAGAGAAUUAUUGUAAAAUUGUU